CUAAGAACGAACUCUUCUGACAAUGAAGAUAAAUAAAGUGUUGUAAACAACGCCGGAGAAGAGGGAAAUCUGUGAUAGGAGGAACGAAUGAAUCAGUCGUAAUCUUCCCCACUCCAUAUUUUUUCUUCAAUAAGGAAUCCGUGGAAUGAAUUAGUAUUUACUGCAAACAUUUAGUAUACCUUUAUUUUAAAUCGAAGCCGUUGAAUAUGGCUGAAAUCGAUAACGAAACUGAACAGUUUCAAGACGAUAAUGAAAAUGAUGGUGAAUUUGACACCGAAGCCCAGUUAUUGGAGAGUGGUGAGGUUGAAGCAGAAGCUGGUGUUGCAGAUGAUUCAACAGCAGAUGAUCCGGAACUUGAAGCAAUCAAAGCAAGGGUAAGGGAAAUGGAGGAGGAGGCUGAAAAACUAAAAGAGAUGCAGAAAGAAGUGGACACACAGAUGAACAUGACUUCUCCAACCACUGCUAGUGCUUUUCCAUCAGCAGAAGAAAAAAUGGAUGCUGACAAUAGAUCUGUUUAUGUCGGUAAUGUUGACUAUGGGGCCACAGCAGAAGAGCUUGAGCAACAUUUCCAUGGAUGUGGAUCAGUCAAUAGAGUCACCAUACUCUGCGAUAAAUAUACGGGUCAUCCAAAAGGAUUUGCUUAUGUAGAGUUUGCAGACAAAGACUCUGUAACCACUGCUCAAGCUCUGGAUGAAUCACUUUUCCGAGGCAGGCAAAUUAAGGUCAGUGUAAAGCGAACUAACAGACCAGGAAUUAGUACAACCAACAGAAAACCAAGGGGAUUCAGACCAAGGGGGAGGUUUCGAUCACCGUAUGGUGGUGGGGGGUACACACCCCGAAGGCCAAGUCGAUUCAGAAGAGCUGCGUUCUAUUCUCCAUACUGAAGCAAGCAUCAAAAUAUUAAAGAAAGAGAAAAAGAAAAAGAAAAAAAAAAAGCUUGUCAAUAGAAGAAGAAAUCAAUAGUAUUUGGCCAUUAAAAAAAACCAAAAACUUAAAAGCAAAAAAUAACUAGUGUAUUCAAAAUUCAUUGAUUCAAAGCUCAUCAUUUUUUAUUGAUAUUCAUAAACUGUAGGUUUUUACUAUGCCCAUUUUGUUUUAUUUAUGUUUUGCAACAUAUUCAUGAUUGUUUAUCAUCAAGGACAUUUUUUGUUUCAUGUAAAGAAUGAAAAAGAGAGUGAAGAGAUCAAUGUGAUUGGGAGGGUCCUUUGAAAGGCUUUUCCUGUAACCUUUUCUUUAUUCAUUUAUUUCUUAGUUUCUUUUGCAGAUUGGUGUAGCUUGGCUUUUUGCGUGGUGCCACACAUCAAUACUGUGUAAAAAUCACUCCAAUGUAUAUCUGUCUUAAAAGUAAACAGUGUGUCGUUGUUUUUGUGGGAAAAGAUAUCUUUGAUGGAAGUACAUGCAUGAGCAUUGGAGUGGUUUUAUUUCACUAGUACAUAUAAAAAGAGGGGAAUAUUAAAAAAAGAAAGAAAAAAAGAUUAGAAAAUAGAAGAAUAGAAAAAAGUUUGAAAACCCCCACUGAAAAAAUAGUAUUUAAAAGAUAUUUAAAAGAAUUAAUUUUGUGAGAAAAUGGAAGGAAACAAUGAUUGUCAUGCAGUGGAAGCAGAUGAGUUACAAUGGAGCUGCAUAUUGGACAUGCCAUGGGGAAUUGUCUGUGUACUGAUAUUGGAUUUAAUAAAGCAGUCAAACCAACA